GCUCGUGUGCUGGAGCGCCCCGGCGAGGAUGCGCCCUCCGGUGCCCGCCCUGGCGCUCUAAGAUCCCCCCCCCCCCGACGACGCCUGCGGGACCAUGAAGGAGCUGCCGGGCGCCUCGCUGCAGAAGGCGUGUCGCCUCCUCGUGGUCUUCUGCGUCCUUCACCUCUCGGCCGUGCUCUUCUACUACCUGGCCGGCAACAAGGGGAUCCUGCAGGGCAACCCGGAGCCCUCGCCCCGCGGCAUGGCGGGGCCCCUGUGGCGGGAGACGACGCCCACCCUGAUCCCGGACCGUGUCUCCAAGGAGCCGUGCCCGGACCCCUCCCCGCUGCUGGUUGGCCCGUUGCACAUUGAGUUCUCUCAGCCUGUGAGCAUAAAGAAGGUGGAGGAGGAAAACUCAGAUGUGACCCUAGGAGGCCGCUACACCCCAAAGGACUGCAUAGCACUGCAGAAAGUAGCCAUUAUUAUCCCAUUCAGAAACCGGGACGAACACUUGAAAUACUGGCUGAACUAUUUGCAUCCAAUCCUUCAAAGACAACAGCUUGAUUAUGGUAUAUAUGUAAUUAACCAGGGAGGAGAAGAAACAUUCAAUCGCGCAAAACUUCUGAACAUAGGCUUUGUAGAAGCUUUGAAAGAAUAUGAUUACAACUGCUUUGUGUUUAGCGAUGUCGAUCUGAUCCCUAUGGAUGACAGAAAUACCUACAAGUGUUACGACCAGCCCAGGCACCUUUCUGUCUCUAUGGACAAGUUUGGAUUUCGCUUACCUUAUAAUCAGUAUUUUGGAGGCGUGUCUGCCUUGAGCAAGGAACAAUUUGAAAAAAUCAACGGGUUUCCCAAUAAUUACUGGGGUUGGGGAGGUGAAGAUGAUGACAUCUAUAACAGGCUGGUUUUUAAAGGCAUGGGGAUCUCUCGCCCUGAUGCUACCAUUGGGAAAUGCAGAAUGAUUCACCACUCAAGAGACAACAAAAACGAGCCCAACCCACAGAGGUUUAACAAAAUUGCUCACACAAAGGAGACAAUGAAUUCGGAUGGCUUGAACACUCUGCAUUACAAGGUGUUAGAUACUGAACGAUUCCGCUUGUAUACAAAAAUCACAGUGGAUGUUGGGUCACCAAAAAGCUAGUAUUGAGAGACGUGACGGAAGACUUGGAAAACUUAACCAGGGGCUAUUCAUCCCGCUGGUUUUACAGCUCAAUAUUUUUAUUACAACGGACAUCAUAAAGGAUGCCUUCUGUUGCCGUUCUGAGGCACUUAUGUUUGCUGGACAAGCAAGGAUUUUAAUCCUCAAACUUUGUUGUACAUGCAGCUUUCUAGCUCUUUCUCCCCCCCUUUUUUAGGAACUGUACAUAGAACUAUGAAAUUCUGUCUGUUUUUGAGGGAGCCAGGGAGCAGAGAAGACAGGCACAGUCCAUUGAAAUGAAUGGGAACUAUGCUUGUGUGUGCAUCCCAUUCAUUUGCACAGAAGGCCUUCCUGGUUGGGAUUGUCCCCAUGCCUAUUUGCUGCAGUACUCUCCAUUUGACGUAAUUGUUGCACACGGCUGGGGAAGAUUAAUGGUGGACAAAUGACCGUGUCUUUUCUGUCAUUUUAGGUCUACUUUUUUUGCCCCCCCCCCCCCCCCUUUUGCCAUUUAAAUUUUGAAAUUAGGUUAAAAUGUAUGAAAAUGUCAGUGCUUUAGUUACAGUAUGAAGGAUUGGAAAAUGCUGCUAAUGUAUUUAGUGUACAUACUUUGACAGGUGUGUGUGUAUAUAUACAUAUGUGUAUAUACACACAUACACAGCGCAGUCAUUCUGGUGUAAUUGCAAUUCAAAGUAAAAUUCAUGCAGAGCAUAACAAUGGCCUUCAGUUCCACUGGCAGAGGGGAUUUGAGUAGUUCUGGCCUCUUUGCUGAGAAAAAUUAUAUAGUAAAAAAAAUUAACUUUCAUGGUCACGGUCACACAUUCAGCUCUUAAUAGAUCCCUGCGUGUUUCACUAUAAGCUUCUUCAGGGGAUCUUCUGGAAGCAUUUUCCAGCUUCCACCUUGAGCCUUGAAAUCUAUACUGUUCUUCUUCUCCUUGUGCCUUAUUCUUGGGGUUUUUUUUCUGCUCACUGGUGUGGCCAUCAUUUUUCCUGAUGGUCAUGUGUUGACGUGGCUGGCCUGCAUCACUUCUGAUUGGGUUUUCACACUGAGCCUUGCAUCAUGUUACACAGGGCAAGUUGUUUGUUUGUUUGGAACAUAGAUGGUUCCUUCCAAAAGUCAUUCCUGCAGGCAAGGCUUGAAGUACUGACGUUCCCAUCUUGUCUUCCUUGCGACCCCUCCACAGCAGAGUAAUCCUUGUUAGAAGAAAAAAAGUUGGCCAUGUUUCUCACUCUCUUAGCUUGUAGAAAGAAACUCUUUGGUGUUUUCUGCAAGUGGAGCAGAACGACCCGCUGUGUAAACGACUGUAAAUUGCAGCUUUUCCAGAGGAAAGGUUCUGCCCAACUGCAAGGAGUGAACUGGUCUCCUUCGGGAAAUGACUGACAAGCCACCGGCUUGGCUGCAUUCAAGAUGGUAACUGUUGUCCACAGCCAUGAUCAUCAGAUGCUGAAAGGAGCCGACGGGCACAUUAGGUAACAACUGCCCAAAGGUUUCCUAGCACUCCCAGCUUGGACUUUUUGAGCAUGCAGGUAGAAGUGCAUAGACAAAGACUCUAAGACUAGAAGGUACAAGAUGGCCAAAGAUUUCACAUGCCGAUACCAUACCUUUUCAUCUGUAGUCAAUGGCAUUCGCAUGGAACCAACAUAUGAGGCAAGUUUGCAAGGUAUAAGCGAACAAGAGAUAGCUUCAGUGGUGUGGGGGACAUUGUGUAAGCAUUCCAGGGAACCUUGGAUGGAAUCAGAGACCAGGGGGAGUCAGAAACCACCUCCCCUUCUUUUCAUUCCUUCAGGUAGCCUGAGCCCCAUUGCUCACUCUGUGGAUUAUAGUAGAGAAGGUAAACUGGUGACUAGUGAUGCAUUCUGCCACUGAAGUCAAGAGUUACACAGUGUAAAUUGUUCAGUAAGACCCUUUAAAUUGUAUCACUGGGUUGCAUAAAUAGCCUAACUAGCAUAAGUACGGUAAUGUUUCUCGAUCCCCUUAUGUCUGAAUGUUGAAUUGCCUUUUGCUUUAUGUUACAUUCACUCACCAAGGAAUGGCUAAUAGUAUGCAACCGUGAGCUCAAACUGUGGCCCGUCUUUGUGUUUUCUUCAGGUAUGUUUUACUACCUUAAAAGCCUAAAUAUUGUGCAAAUGUCAAAGAAAAAAUGUUUUUCUUGCUGAGUGUUUCUGUAAAACUUGAAUUUGCUGUUGUUGUUGUUCUUUAAUUGUUGCAGUGUGUUAAACAAGAUAUUAUGGGGGGAAAGUGCAUAUAAAACUUUUAUUGCAUCAUAAAA